UUUGAAUGUAGAUAAGGAGAUACUUGGGUGGUAUCCACUAAACUCAAAUGGCGGCAGCAGCAGCAGCAGCAAUAUUCUGUCCAAUUGGAGCUUUUUACAGCAUUACCAGUAGUAGUUGCAAUAAUAAUUCCCCAAAUUCAAUUUCCAUAAACCACCCCCUAAAAAAACCAUUUCGUAGAAUUCAAAAUUCAUUAUCAACCAACGCAUAUAACAAGAACUCCAAUGUUGUUCAGAAUAAUAAGAAUAAGAAUAUAAAAGAAGAAGACAGCGACCAUGAAUCAAUGAGUGUUGAUGCUCUUAAGCGUUUCAUUCGACUCAAUUUGGGCAACUGGACUGGUUCUUUUCAUCAAUUUGAUGCAAAGGGGAAGCUGAUUCAUAAAAUCGAUACGAGGUUGUCUGCUGGAUCUUAUGGUGAAAAUGAGUUAAUCAGCUUGAUUCAAACGCUAUACAUUAAACAAUCUUCAUCAAGCUAUUCAGCAUCUGAAACUGAUGACGAAGAGGAAUGGGCAGAGUACAAAAUCAAAGAAACAAACAUGUUUACCGCAGAAAAAUAUCAACAGAUUGGAUUCUUUCCCCAACAGAAGGCAUUUGCAUUAAGGUACCAAACUGCUGGCAUGUUAGAAACAAUAUUAAGACAAGGAGUAUUAGGUGAAGACGACAUCGGAGAGGAAUCACCCAAAAACCUAAAGCUUCCUUCGAAACUGCCUUCUAUUGUGUGCGAGAGUUGUCUUUAUUCACUAGAUAAAGAUUUACGAGCAAGAGCAUUCCAUAUAAUGGAUCCAAAAGGUAUAGUAGAGAUGCUUAUCCUCUUUUUCGAGCAGAAAGGGGUUGGAGUCGUUACUCCACCGUUCCUUGACGAAUCAGAGGACAAUACAAGUAGACUCACUCCUCAUCUUGGAACAUGGAAAGGCCACUCUGUAACAAAGCGUAGCGGUGUUUAUGGUGCCACAGAUUCUGAAGCUGAUACCGUGACGUCACUUAAAUUCAAAGAGAAUGGUCAACUAAUUCAGGAUCAAACUUCAACGUACAAGGUUAAAAAGGCAACAGCAAACGUCCGUUGGACGGGUACCAUGUCUGAUAACUUGGUCACCUACGAUGGUGGUUACCAGAUAACGUUACUGCCUGGGGGUAUGUACAUGGGCUGCCCAUGUGAUGUGGGAAAACAGGUUUCCGAAGCCAAAGCUUUCCAUUUGGAGUUCUGCUGGCUCGAAUCACCUACAAAAAGGCAGAGAUUGGUUCGCACCUAUGAUGUAGAUGGCUUGGCCGUCUCAUCAACUUACUUUUUCGAGACCAAACAAUGAGUGGUUAGAACAUCGUUCUCCAAUGCAUUAACAACUUAUACAUUAUGCUGUAAAAGUUGUAUUUUAUGAUAAAUUCAUCAUCUCUCAUUGUAAAA